AAUAUCCGGAAGUGUUGAUAAAAACAUGGAAGUCAAGGGAGGAAAAUUUUGUUAGUAGGAUGCCAUCAGUCAUAAGCUUACCUAUUUGUACAUGAUUGUGAUAUUUUAUUCAGAAGGGUAAAAAGAAGAAUAUUUCAACAUGAGGCAGGCAGUCGAUUUUAAGGAGUGUCUUAAAGAUUCUCCGAAGUUUCGGUCAUCUCUUGAAGAGGCAGAAACUGAUAUUGAAAUGCUAGAAGUUCGUCUUGAGAAGAUGGUAAAACUGUGCACAGCAAUGAUAGAAGCAGGAAAAGUUUUUAGUGCAACAAGCAGUGGAUUUGUAAAUGGAGUCCGGGAUCUCGCAGGAUUUUUCAAAGAUGAUUCCUUGGUGUCGGAUGAUAGCAAAGUGGCAACAAGUCUCAAUCGGUUUGCCCAUGCAAUGAGUGAAAUGAUUAAGUACUUUGGUAUACUGAUGGACCAAGCCCAUAGAUCAGUGUGCAAGAACUUAAAUCACUUCAUCAGAGUUGACAUCAGAAAAAUGAAGGAAACAAAGAAGCACUUUGAAAAGAUCAGUGACGAUCUUGACAAUGCACUGGUUCGCAACUCGCAAGCCCCACGCAGCAAAGCGCAGGAAUGUGAGGAAGCUUUUAAUGUUCUGACAGCCAUGAAAUCCUGCUUUGCUCACACAGCUCUGGACUAUGUCUUUCAGGUGAAUGUCUUGCAGUCUAAGAAAAGGUUUGAAGUUUUGGACACUAUGCUGUCAUUCAUGCAUGCCCAAAGUACAUACUUCCACCAAGGUCAUGACCUUUUUACUGACCUUGAGACCCACAUGAAGGACAUUGCUUCGCAGGUGAAGGAUCUAAGUGAGAAAGCCCGUAUAGAGCGCAAGGAGAUGGAGGACUGCCAUAGCCUGGUGCAGCAAAAGACCGAUGUUCUUUGUGGGCCAGCUGCAGUCUCUCCAGGAGAUGCCGACGCUCCACUCGCCAUGGAGGGCUACCUCUUCAAGCGCACCAGCAAUGCUUUCCGCCAGUGGGUCAGGCGGUGGUUCAUUAUUCAAAAUAGUCAGCUGGUAUACCGGAAGCGUUCCAAAGAUUGUUUGACAGUCAUGGAAGAGGACUUGCGUCUGUGCACCAUCAGGCCUGGGGCAGAAGCUGAUCGUCGUUUUUGCUUUGAGGUGCUCUCUCCUGCCAGGAGUCACAUGCUGCAGGCCGAUUCUGAACAAGAAUGUCAAGCAUGGAUCACUGCCCUCACAGACUGCAUCAGCAAGGCAUACCGAGAUACAAUGCACGACCACGAACCCUUGGAGGAAGUUAAAACUCAAGAUGCAAGCUCACCAGAUUCCUCAAUAUCUUCUGAGGCAUCUGCUGUCACUCCAAAAUCAGAAGCCAAGAACAAAGCUCGACUACGCAUGGAGCAGUUACUGUCUGUCCCCGGCAACAACAUCUGCUGCGAUUGUGGAGCUGCUGACCCACGGUGGGCAAGCAUCAACCUGGGCAUCACACUGUGUAUAGAGUGCUCAGGAACACACAGAAGCUUUGGUGUGCAUAAGUCAAAGGUUCGCUCCAUUACUCUUGAUACCUGGGACCCAGAACUUGUCAAAGUCAUGCUAGAACUAGGCAAUGAAGUUGUUAAUCGCUGCUACGAGGCCAACGUGGAUGAGAGCAUUGCCCCACGUGCAACUCCUUCAUGCAGCAGGGCACAGAGGGAGGCUUGGAUCACAGCAAAGUAUGUUAAACGAGCAUUUGUUAGCAAGCUAGAUCAGGUAACAAUGCCCUCUGGAAACAAGAUACGUGGCUGGAGUGUCCGCAAGAAAAUCCGUCGUUCUCCUGGACGCUUAAUGACCAAGGAGAACUCCAGGGAAGAGUGGUCACAGUCUGAGCCAGAGGACCUGGCCAGUGGGCUUCUGGAAGGUGCCGCAGUUUUGUCAGUCUCUAACACAACCGCCCGUGACAGUGACAGCGGUCUGGGAGGAAGCUCUUCUGAUGUCCUCGUGUUUGGAGCUGAGGCAUCUAACGUCACUUCUCUCAGCAAACCAUUGGCAACAGGUCUUGUAGAAACUGAACUGAAAGCUCCAGAUCUGGACUUAGAGAGUUCUGACGACUCAACAGGCGAAGAUGAUGUGGAGGAAAUGGCAGUCACUUCAUGGGAGGAUAUGAGCAAGCUGGAUCCAAAUCUCCUCCUGUACAAAGCAGCAGAGGCCCGUAACCUGCCUGUCAUGUUAGAGGCUUUGUCCAACGGGGCAGACCCCAACUGGGUCAACCCUGAUGACAAUGACAAAACACCUAUCAUGAAGGCUGUGGAGACGGGAUCUCUGUCGGCUUGUGAGUUUCUUUUACUGAAUGGAGCAAAGCUGGAUCGCAAAGACAGACAGGGACACACACCAUUGCACCAUGCAGCUAUACUUGGGAACACAGGCCAGGUCUGCCAGUUCUUAAAACGAGGGGCAGACCAUACAUUGAAAGACAUCAAAGGGCAGGAUCCAUUGAUGAUUGCUGUGGAUACAGCAAAUGCAGACAUAGUGACAUUGCUACGACUGGCCAAGCUGAAUGAUGAGAUGAAAGAAUCUGAUGGCUUCUGCCCAACAGGCGAUGACACAUUUACUGAUGUUUUUAAAGAUUUUUCCAACAUGGCCUCUAAUUUCCCAGAAAAGUUGAAAAGGAAAUGAAGAGGGUAGUCAAGUUGUUGAGUCCACCUCCUAUUGCCAUGUGCCAAACACUUGUACUCUGCCUUCACUGCUCAAGUUGUGGGAAUCAGACUUCAGUUUUGCUUUCUCUGUGAUGCCUUUCAUGAUGCUUGUCCAGGAAACAUUUCUACAAAUUCAGAUCAAAGUUAUUUAUUUUUACCUACCAACAUGUGAUAAUCAUGCCUUUGUCCAUUGAAUUUAGAGUCACAUCAGGUGAAACCAGUGUAAGGAGUGUCUUGAGAACGAGAAUUAUUUUGCUGCAAACUGUCAGGUACCUACAGGUUUAAGGAAUGCCAUGAGAACAAGAAGCAUUUUUCUGCAAACAGUCGGGUAACUACAGGUUCGUGAUGUGACUGUAACCCUCAUCAUUCUGCGGCUCCCAUCCCAUGCUCCCAUCCACACAUCCACAAUGUGUUCCUUAUGCACAUUUUAGAUUUCCAGCAUAUAUUGUUCACCUCUUGUUGUAAAUCUGCGUCAUGAAGUCAUUUAUUUUAUAAAGAUUCAUUCUAUUUUGUGAAGAUCACAUCGCUGGUGAUGUUAGUGUUCAUUAAUUGACAUAAACCCUGCCACUGUACUCAUUCCAUUGUGCAUUUCUGGUAAAGGCCAAUGCAUUUGGCAAACCCUUCUGUUACAGAUUUUAUUUUGAUGUAUUUUUUGUUUCCUGUUGCUCAUUGUUAUGUCCAAACUGUUGAAACAUUUUCCAUCCUGAAGCAACAUCUUUUUCACCUUUAGCACAAAGAUUUUUUCCCCAGUUGGUAUGUCUCACUACACCAGGUGAGAGGUGCUAUUUGUCAUGUUUUCAUGUAGGUGGUUGUUGUUUGCUGUACCUGUUAAUCCCAACAGUCAGACCUAAAUCUUUGCUGGCUGUCUGAGGCUGGCAGUAUAUAAGAAGUGUGCUUGAGCUGGAGAUGAAAUAUCCCACUAUAUCACUAUUUUCAUGAAAAAGCAACAUUAUGCUGCCAUUUAAGAUCACAGAAAAUAAAGAGGACUUUGUUGGCUUUUUUUGAUAGCUUCUAGAUCUUAUAGAUGUACAUAUUGACAUUUUGGGGUUCUGCUAACAGGUACCUUUGUCUGUCUUUUAACUCCUGUCCUGUGCUGGAUUUCAUGUCAUUUCUGUAACCCACUAACAGGUAAUUAUGUUUUCUGCAAUACAUGUGCCCACCAUGGGCACAGAAGAACUGGAACCUAUAAAUUCUAUCACAUACAUGAUGGGUACAUGUAACACAGUACAAAGGUGAACAGUUUGAUAAGCCUGUGGGUGGUUUGUAAGUUCAACAUGAAAUCCCCAGUCUAGAUUAUUAUGCUGCUCUCUUAGGUUUAGAUUCUGUGGCAGACAACACAAAAAGCUAUCAAAAGUUAAUGAUGCUUGAAAUUAAAGCCAGAAAUUCAUGCUGAUAUGCAAGAAGAUCCCAACACAUGCACCAUUGGUGACUUUCAUUUUUCUAGAACUUUCCAAAUGAUCUGUAUUUUGGGGAACACUGGAUGUGAGAUAUGUCAAUUUUUGGCUGUUGUCUUUCUGUGUUUCUGUUGAUCUUUCUUCUUCCUGCUAUAAAUCCCACAGAAAGGCCUUUGAAGGGCCAUGCAGUUUCUUCAUGUUACUAUUACUGGUAAUACUAUUUUCAGGAUUAUCACAAACAUUAUUUUGGACCAGAUAAAGAUUUUUUGCUGUGUUAUGAUUGCACAAAAUAUUUCCCCUGCGGAUGUUGAAUAUUACAUAACAGUAAUUAUAAAUGAGAUUAUUUUAAAUUAUAAAAUACUCAGUGUGUAAAUGCUAGAGAUUUCUUACUUUUAUUUGAGUUAUGCCACUGUUUUUAUUGAAGUGGAGUGUUGAUGACUUUUUCCUCUUUGAACUUUGCUGUAUGUCUCUUGCUUGUUGUGGUCUCGAGAUCUGCUUGUUUGUGCCUUGUAUCUUUGAUCUGCAAGCCCUGAUGUCUGCUUUACAAUGUCUGCCGCCAGUUCACUGGGUCAAGCUGUAGCUGUAGUAAUGCUAUUUUUAUUUUCCUUUGUUAUUACUUUAUUACUGUGCCUCUUGAUCUUCCAUUUGUGUAAAUUCUAACCACUUGUGUAUAUUUUCUUGGUGAGAAGUGAUGUUUUUCAUGUUCUAGAUGUUGUCUGUAAGAUGAAAGAAAAACCAAAGCAUCCCUUUCAUCUAAAAAUAGUUUGUGAUCAAUGACUUGGUUGACUGUUCCAAUCACAUAAAUUACAUCAAAAUUUUGUUUACUUUAAAUCCUUUGAAAAAAUAAAUUGGUCAGAGUUUUUGGUUUAAAGCUGUGCCAGUAGUUGUGGCACAGAGGUAGACAUUGAGAACUUUCACCCUUGCAAAAUUGUAGCAAGUACGUUACAUUGUUCUAUAGCUACUUCAGAUGCCUAUUUUUUUUUUUUUUUUUUUUGAAAUUCAUUAGUAAUAAAUUUGUAAUUAUUUACAUUAAUGGAAAGGUCUUUAUUUCACCAGAGAGAGUAAAAUUGCAAACACUGUGCAUAAUAUUGCUUGUGAAAUUAUGAUAGUGUUCAAGACCUAAGUUUUUUUCAGCUUAAAAUGAAAAACAAAAAAAGAUCUUAUGAAGUGUAUUUCCACAAUAAUAGUAAGUUGUUGAACUUCGCCUCUUUCUCACUCCCAAAAUAAGGUAUGUAAAUAACAAAAGAAUAAAUAAAAAUCUGAAGCAGUUCAUGAAUACAAAACAUGCAGGAUAAAAAGAUUAGCGAGAGAGGAAGUUUAGUCCUUGUUACUCCUCUAGGAGUACAGAGCUGCAACACCUCGUCAUCGGACCCGGUUUUGGGCAGCCCCAUUCAGUUAGGCCCAUGUGGUUUCAACUUCCUUUGUCUCACUCUAUUGUUCUUUUCCAAGUAAGAGAGGAAGAGUACUUAAAAAAAGUUAAAAGUGUGUGAAGAUUGUUUUUAUAGACCAAAAGUUACUUUUUGUGUCAUAAGUAUUGGCUUUUUACAAAGAUUAAUCUAUGGUUAUUGUCUUGUUUUCUCUGAAUUCCUUCUUGGCAGAGCUGUCAGAAGUAUGAUCUGUGGACACAGAGGCAUUAAAAAUAAGUUUGGGCAUUGAUGCUAAUAAACAACACAAAGUAAUGAACAAAUAUAUGUACCACAAUUUUAAAAAGCUACGAGUUAAAGACCAAUUUUUUUUUUUUAGUUCCCUUACAAAUUUUUUAGCAAUGAUUUUUUGUUUUGAAGAUCUUGCAAAAGAAUUUGAUUCUUGGAAGAAAGUCAUUAAGUGUACUUGUGAAAAGAGUGUACAAGCUUGACUGUCAAACGUUUUUGAUUGCAGAAUAGUUGUAACAGCUGAUGAGAAAUUGUGUUUAUGGCAGGUUUGUUGCCAACCAAUAUUGAUAAAUAUGGUUGUAUGACUGCUGGAAUCUUUCAUAUAUAUAUACAGUCUUCAACAGUCCUGAUCAAUGCCGGUUAGCACAGUGGGAAAAUCUGUGAAAUUAUGUAAGUUGCUAGGUUACAAAAUCAUUGUAUGGUAAUGAAUAGUUCAGGUUGCAACAUCUUGGUUGCAUUUAUGUGAUUUAUGAAGCCUUGAUUCCUUGCCCACCCAUAUGCACACAAUAUUGAAAAUGUUCAGUUACAACAUUACUGAGUUGGUCGCGUGUUUAGCUUUGUCUAGUAACUUUAUUGGUGAUGGGGGGUCAGUAGCAAGGGUCAGCAGAUCAUCUCUCAGACCGUGUUGACAUACAUCCUUGUUUUCCUGAAUAAAUAUUCACUUCAGUUCUGCCUGAUACUCUAUGCUCCCUCCUCCACAGUUCUGCACUCUUAUUUUUGUUUUUGCUGUGGACAGCACACGGUGAAUAAAAGGCGUAACUGCUGCUACUUUAAACAAGUUAUUGUAUUAAGAAAAACUUAGCAUGCCAUAAAUGAACAAUUCAGUGUAGCUUAUUUAGUUUCCAGUUGCUGGAAUUCACUGUUUUCAUGUUGUUUACCUAAGGUCAGCCAGAAACCCUUAUGAUGAUUUCAGCUAAAGCAUCUUAAUUGAAAUAGCUAGGAAAGAAUAACAUAUGUGGGAAUAGUAAUUUUCAUCUAGAUUUCUGAAGGUAGACAAAAGAUGACCAUAGUAAUUUCUGGUGGAAAACCCAAAAGGAUGAUAGCAUUGUCAGCAAGGUAACUAAAGGGGCUGGGUAAGUUCCAGUUCACUUCAUGCACUAAAACUUUUAUUGCUGUCAAAGUGUUCUUAGCCAAAAUUUCAAGUAACUAUAUGCCAGGCUAGCCAGCAAAUUCUUGUGCACAAAACUUAACUUGUGUUCUUUUAUGGUUAUCUUGACAAAAUACUCAGGAGCUGUAGCAAUAAUCUUGUCUUGAUUAUUGAUGUCUGGUGAACUUUCUUAAAAGUUUUGUGAAGAGACUGAGAGGUGUUUGACCUCUGUCUUAAGAGAAAUUGUAUAAUCAUCAUAUUAUGCUUGUAACUUUUUCAACAAUUUUAUGUACAUUACCAUGCAAGUGGAUUUUCUGUCCAUCAUUUCUUUCUACAUUAGUAUGUACAUCUGCUUCAUAUAUUUUCUCACCAAAAAAUACAAUUCAUUUUAAGGAAAGUCAGAUAUGAAAAGUUGUAUCAUUUUUACAUCUUUGAAAAAGUAGAGCACUUCUUGAGGUCAAGACUGGUUACUUCAAGACUUAGUUUGCAAAUAUACUCUUUGAGCACAUGGACAAAUUAUGUCAAUAAGAGUUGGAAUAUGCCACAGCUAAAGGUGGUUGUGAACAACAGAGGGUGCUUCCCUUGACGUUGGUACAUGGACUGCACCAUUGGUUCCUGUUGCAGCCUUGCCCGAGGUCAUACUGUGUUCUAGCUCCACCGUGCUUACAACCACUAGACAAUAUACAGAAUCUGGUGGGGACUUAACGCUUCAUACUGUAUUCUUUAUCAAACCUUUUGUGAAAGCCAGCAUCAGCUUUAUAAUAUUUAGACUGGAAGAGUGUUUGCUUAUCUCACAGUUGCACUGCAAGGGUGGGAAACUGGUUUAUUCUGGAAAGUAAAGAGAACAGGAAAGGCUCCUCUUUCUAUUGCAUGCACUCUAGACAUGAGGUUUGCCUUACAUUUACCUGUCCCUACAGUCUCUAGACUUCAUUACUUUACCUGAAAAAGUAAGAGUUUUUCAUUAAAUGUUUUUCUAAUUAGCCAUGCUUUUUUGUAAGGAUAAUGUAUGUGAUCUAUUCUCUUGUCAAGUAUUGGCUAUUUAAGAGUCUCAUAGCAUCGCUAAGUAAACAAGAAAAAAAUUAGCUUGUCAAUGAGGUGUAAUAAUUUUGAUAUUUACCAUGCAAUUUAGAAUUGACAAACCAUACCAUCGUCUAGCAUUCUGACUUGUGUCAGCAUGAAGUAUAAGUCUGUGAAAUAUUUAUCUGUAAAUAUUAUAGUAACAUAAAUUACCUGUAACAUGUUUCAGGUUAUAUUUACUCCAGGGGUAUUUCAUAGAUUUAGUUUAAUUUGUGACAAGUUAUUAUUCAUUCCAGUGGGCAUCCCAACGAGCGUUGUGUCUAAAGCUAUUCUGUUGCUGAACAGUUGUUUUGAUGUAUGUCCCCUGUCAGCUGAGCUCUGCUAAUGAUGUGACUCUGUGAGUCAUUUGUACAGUGUGCCUUUCUUAACUGCCGCCCACCAACCUCUGCCUGCAUCCUGUUCUCUAGGCUUUAUCUGUUGCACAGACAGCGAUCUGGCAUGUGAUCAAUGCUGAACAAAAAUCCAGGCUUUAUCUAGUCAAGGUUUUUACCUGAAAGUGGAUUUCAGCAUUGCAGUUAGUUGUUGGAGAGAAAGGUAUAUAUAAUACUGGUCUGGAAACUUGCUUGAUAUAGUUAACACUUGACUCAUCACAGAAUACUUUCUGCACAUUAUUGUCUUUAUGAUUAGACUUUUGGUACAAUAAACUAUUUCUGACAAAAUA